UUACUGCAUUCAAAAUAAUAAAUACAAAUAAAAGGACGAAAACGUUCUUAGCAAGAAAAAAUAAAUUAAUAUGGCAUCUAAAAUUAUGAUUCUUGCUCUCGUUUUCCUCGCCAUGGUCUGCAUGGCCUCCGCCAUUGCUGAUCCUACAGCAGCUUUGAAAGAUGCAGCUGAUGCUCCUAUUCCAGUUGAAAAUAACAAUAUCAUUGGUACCAUUGAUGGGACCUAUGAAAAUGGAGGUGUAGCUGCUGCACCAGUUGGUGGACCAAUUUCAGGAGAGACAUUUCCUAAGAUAAGCCUACCACCAGCACCCAAUGGCGCUACCACUAGCACUUUUGAUUUCACCACAAUUGCCACAACUAUUGUUUCUGCUGCCGUUGCUGCUUCAUUCUUUUUUUAAAUCUUGAGUGGAGCUUCAAUCCAUGUUUAACAUCUUUUUUCUUGGUUACAUAUUUUCCUGUCUUUAAUCCUUUUGGAGUUAUGUUACAUGUUAUCUUGGACAAUAUGUAAAAGACAUCAUCUUUGUAAACCAUGAAAUUUAAAUGAAAA